CUGUAGUCUGAUAUGGUUUGACUUUCUUCCUCCGGCGGGACCCUCCAGAUACGCACGCCAGCCCGAGCCUCCGUUUCCCCGGGCCCGCAAACCCACACCAGCAAUGGAUGAAUACUGUUUUUGAAGCAGAUUGAACUCCGCCGUGAAGCCUGAACCAGGGGGGAAAUCUAUUUUUAUCUACCUGUACUGCUUUUUCCCCCCCCACCGGACAAUAACGCGCCGGGACGCACAGAAUGUGGACAAAGGCAGAAAUGCGUAAAAGCGGCUGAAGUGGACGUGAAGAAACGUGCGGCGUGGGGGGCUGCGAAUGUGGCGGGGACACUUCGGGGGCAAGAGGGCUGCAACUUUCAUGAGAUUUGAAGAUUUGAAGAGGGCGCAACAAGCGGAAAGUGUCAAUGCUGCACGCUGGACCAGCCUGCAGAGUCCAGUGCGCUCCAGUACCUGCAGAUCUGCCUUCAUUUACACUCCACUUUAAUCAGACUAUUAAAAAAGAAACUCUUGAAGUGGAUAAACAUUUAUUGGUAUAAUAUUUUUUUUUUUCCAAAGGAGGGGGGAAAAGUCAGCAAACUACAUCAGCUUUUCUGAUUGUCCGGUUUCCCCGCUCCGAUCCGUUUCCCUUUCAUUUUUUUGCAAUUUUGAUUCCCGAAGUGGCUCCGAAGUGGUGUUGCGGCUCCUCGUCCCCGGCGGAUCCGGAGAUCGGAGUCUCUGCACCGGGAGGAGGCGGAGUCGGAGCUCCGGUCACACCGCAGGCUCCCAAGAGCGGGCGCGUCAAAAGGAUGGUGCGGCUUGCGGCGGAGCUGCUGCUUCUCCUCGGACUCCUUCUCCUCACCUUGCACAUCACCGUGCUGCGCAGCAACCCGCUGCCCCAAGGGAAUGUAUCUGUGAGCCUGGAUCAGGACGCGGCGCUAACAGAGCAGAAUAACAUAAAUGCUAAAAGCAGCUCCUCCUCAAAGCUGGCUCAUGAGGAUCGGCGGUCUGGUCCAGAACACCGGCUGGGGCAUCGGCCUGCAACGUUCCCCUGGCCGCAGGGCAGCAACGUCCACAGAGACAGCCCCGGCGCUUUCCUCCUAGAUCUGCACAACUUUCCAGAUCUCUCUAAAGCCGACAUCAAUGGACAGAAUCCCAACAUACAGGUGACCAUUGAGGUCGUGGACGGGCUGGAGGGUCACGAGCCAGAGAAGGGCCUCCGCAAGGAGAGCAAGCCCAGCUGGGCUUCCCCCAACUGGAGGAACUGGUGGCCUCACACGUCUUCAUCCACCUCCUCUUCCUCCACCCAGACGGAGGAGCAGGAUCGCUCCUACGGGGGCAACGCCGAGGACAGCAACUUCCUCAGGCCACCGGCGGACUGGGACAGGAGGGGCAGCAAAGCUCAAACCGAAUAUGACUACAUUGAUGGAGAAGGAGAUUGGAGCAACUGGUCAGCCUGCAGUGUCACUUGUGGAAAUGGCAACCAGAAGAGAACCAGGUCCUGUGGUUAUGCCUGCACAGCCACCGAGUCCAGAACAUGUGACAUGCCCAACUGUCCAGGUAUUGAAGAUGCCUUCAAGACAGCAGCGACUGAAGUGAGCCUGUUAGCCGGAACAGAUGAGUUCAAUGCCACAGAGCUCUUUGGUGUUGACACGGACAGCUGCGAGCGGUGGAUGAACUGCAAAAGCGAUUUCUUGAAGAAGUACAUGACCAAGGUGGCGAACGACCUCCCCAGCUGCCCCUGCUCCUACCCAACCGAGGUGGCCUACAGCACGGCGGACGUGCACGACCCCCUCACGCGCCGAGACUUCCGCUGGAAAGACGCCAGCGGGCCGAAGGAGAAGCUGGAGAUCUACAAGCCCACGGCCCGUUACUGCAUCCGGUCCAUGCUGACCCUGGAGUCCACCACGCUGGCGGCGCAGCACUGCUGCUACGACGAUGGCAUGAAGCUCAUCACGCGCGGCAAAGGCGCCGGCACGCCCAACCUCAUCAGCACCGAGUUCUCGGCCGACCUGCACUACAAGGUGGACAUUCUGCCCUGGAUCAUCUGCAAAGGAGACUGGAGCCGCUACAACCAGGCCAGGCCGCCCAACAACGGGCAGAAGUGUCCCGACAACCCUCAGGACGAGGACUACUACAAACAGUUUGAAGAGGCCAGGGAAUUCUAGUCCGCCGCAGAGCGGAAAGAGAGAAACAACACUCUGCUUAACUAUCCCGCUAAACCUCGAAAAUGGCGCCGAAACUAUUGUUAUGCUCUUUAAGGUCAUGUAACACGUGAACUUUUAGGCUCUGAGGAAAGACUUACUGCUCUUUUGAACCAAGAGGAAUUAAAAUCCAACAGAGUCACAACCCAUGCUUGCUCACAUGGAACUUUUACAACUUAAUUCAAACCGGGCGCUGAAAGGUUGAUUUUUUUUGUUUUGUUUUGUUUUGUUUUGUUUUGUUUUUUUCAACAGGCUUCUGUAAUUUUGCCAGUAGUUUUCUUGCAAACUGUACCUGUUUGGUCACUAAAGGGAAAACUAACUUCAGUUUUUUAAAAAAGGGAAGUUUAUAUUCCAGAAAUGUCCUUCAAGAUAGUGUUUGCAUAGAUGCUUUAUGUGCGAGUCUGAGUUUGCAGAGUUGUAAAAUCCCUCAGGAAGGUUUCGAGGUGCCCAAAUACAAUUUGUCAUUCACAGUAUGCAGGUCUUCAUGUAAGCUUGUGAGUAUGUUUAUUUAGCAUGCACAUUUUUCUAGAAAAUGUCAUUAAUUUACCCCUGUAAUUUAACUGUGUCCCCUGUGUCUCCGAGGCAGACCUUCAUUGUACAAAGCCUGCAUUAUUUUUGUAAAGUAUUUAUUAAGUCGUAGCUGUGUCUGAGUUGGGUGUCUAUGUCUGUGGUUCCUCAUUCACACGUGGCUGAAUGCUCAUUUGAGAUUUCCUCUCCGGCUCACCCUUUGCCACCAACGCGCAUCUCCCUGUCUCAAGUUAGGAUUAAACCGAAAUAGAGCGUAAAGAAUGUGUGAAUUUUAAGUGUAUGGAAAGAUUUUUCAGAUAUAAAUCUAUAAAUAAAUCUUUUUUUUAAAGUGA